CCUCUGUUCCGCCAUAAAGCGGCAGCUGCGGGCAGUGCUCGGACAGCAAGCAACGCGACGACCACACACAGGGUGCGCGUUGGGGAGUCAAAGAAGAGAGGCAUUGUGGCGUAGUGUGACAAGAGCUACACCAGGGAGUAUGGAGAUGCUUGGCAAGUGCGGCCAGCUCAGGUGUCGUCGGCAGUCAGUUGAUCUCAUUCGAAGUUGGGGACUGCUUGACGUUAUUCCUCGACCCGGCAGAGCAAACCCGUGUGCAACUACAUGCAGUGUUUCACUCGAAGUAAAUAACUUCAGUCAUGGACGCUUCACAAUAGCAGUAGUAGCUAUCCUGGGGAUGAUGGAAACCUUUGGUAAGACACGAAGAAAAAGAAAGAUUUAGAAGGGGACGAAACUCUGCAGCGGUGUUGAGUUCACCGUCCCAUACUCAUCAGAAUGGGUCCGUCGUUUCGGUGUCAAGAACGCCUCGGGUUCGUCGUCGUUGCCUGUCUACUUAUUAUUCUAACGCAAUGGUCGGGGUGCACCUUGGCAAGCACCAGCAAGCCUUCCUCGUUGGGAAUCACGACGGCAGCAACAUCAAACUCCUCAUCAGAUGACGUCGUUUCAUCCAGCAAGGCUGUUGAUAUCAGUACAAUCCCAAAUGGACUCGUGAAAACUACCGACGUUGUCGCUGACAUGCGUCCCGACAUGGCUACACGGUUGGCACUCGUUCUCGGCUCUGUGGGUGGAACCCUGCUCCUUAUCUUGAUAGUGUUUGCAGCGGUAAAGCUUGUGCAGCGGCAACGCGUUAACUACCUGCGCUCCUCGAAGCGAGGCGACAUCGAGCGGAGAGGACUGACGGGCCGCCGCUCGUCGGUGUCGGACAGCAUUAGCAGUGGUUAUAGCAGCGAUGGUCCAGUGACUAACGCUCGGCGUGUGCCGCGCCGAAGCUACGCCACGCUGUCCGAGUUUGCCAUGGGAAGCUUCUACUCAUCCUCUGGAGACGUGCAAGGUAUGAGCAACCCUGGCUUCAUGCCAGAGAUGGAUCUACCAAACACCAUCGCCCACGUUGACAGAGACCAGAUUGCUCUAUUCAAGAAGUUGCGAGAAAUCAACUAUGGAAAGGUUCACCAAGCCGAAGUCUGUGAGCUACUGGAAGAUGAGCUAACGACGACAGUGACGGCAAAGAUCAUCUCGGAUGCGCCGACAGCACGACACCGGGAGGAUUUCUACGCCGAGUUGAAAAUCUUAGCGGAGUGCAAACAUGAUAACAUUAUCCGAGUGAUGUGCAUCUGCGUAAGCCGAGACCCUCACAUGUUCUGCGUGGAGCACAUGGAGCUAGGAAACCUGCGCGACUUCCUGCUGCAGGCUGCCACGUGUUCAGCGACCGACGACGGAACAAAGUCCGAUGUCAUCGACCUGGAUCUGGUCGGCGGUGGAAUGUCCAUGCUGUCUGACGGUGACCUGGCCUUGAUUGGCGCGCAGAUUGCUGCUGGCAUGGCAUACCUCACUGAGAAAGGAUUCGUGCACAAAGACCUGGCCGCUCGAUCUUGUGAGGUCUCAGCCGGUCUUCACGUUCGGAUCAGUGAGUUUGGUUUUGCCCGUGAUCUGACCAGCGGUGACUACUAUGCUACGGGCGCCAACAAAGAUGUUCUGUUGCCGGUACGCUGGACCGCACCGGAGGCCAUCAUGUUCGGGCAGUACAGCAUCGCGUCUUCCAUCUGGUCCUUUGGCAUAACCCUCUGGGAGGUCUACUCCCUUGGCGCUCGACCAUAUGGCGAAAUGGAAGACAGUGAAGUCAUAAAAGCACUGACAAAGUUUCAGUUGCCCAGCCAACCUAGUUCCUGGCCGGAAGAGAUUGGCACCUUGAUAGCUGCCUGUCUGGAUAAGAUGACUAAGCAACGACCGCCCUUCACCGAACUGCAGAGUCGUUUGGAGAGCUUCUACCAAGGCCAUCAUGACCUGGCCACUACUUACAGUGCUAUCUCACUAACGGUGGGUAUGGAGAAGAUGCAGGCACGCUUACCUCCCGUCAGUGUAAUCUAGAUAUGUGGUAAGUUAGUAGCGAGAUCAUUGCCAUGACUAGCACUGUCGUGAUCUCAUCACUAAGCCAUGUACUUUUACAUGCACGUCAGGUAGUUUCAUUCAGUGAAAGCUGGCAAUUUAAAAGCCUUGAGUGAGCACGGUUAAUACCGGGUAUUUCUUUUUUUGUUGUACGUGUAUCCUAAUUUGCUUUGUUGGCUCUCCCGCACACCGUGCUAGCAACACUGUGCAGAGGGGUCGUGAAUACUCGCCAACAGUGCGAAUACGGAUCCAUUGCCCCGGCCAGUGUCCCAUCUAGUGCCCUGGUACUUCGUGCACGUAUUCUGCACCUGUCGCUGAACACUGUGACAGUGGUUUUCUUGAGCUUGACAUUUUUUCCUUGACCCAGCGCGCACCGCUUAAGCUUACAUUUUUUCCGGAGAACAUAUACUCCACGCUUACAUGUAUGGCCUACCAUAUUUAUGCUAUGUUGUGUAUCACUACUCAGUGCCCCAGUCUCAAAGUGACACAAAGGAACUCAAAACGAUCCGAUAAGUAAAGAAGUAAAUUAUCGUUUCCGUUCCCGAAGGGAAUUCACGAUCCGAUAAGUUAGACGUAA